UGUUUCCCUUUCUGGAUGUUAAUUCAAUAGUGGAUGAUGGUACUCGUCGAUGCUGCUUACAGAGUAUCCUUGGCGCUUAUGCAGACAUAACCGUAGCCUCUAGUUGUUGAUCGCUUACGAUGGCCUGACAUCUCCCCAAAUACAACCCCCAUCACAAUUUGCAACGAUCACCAUCACUCCGAAGACGCCCAAGUCGGCGUAUCUGAGUAGACCACCACCUUCAAGAUGGGCCUGACAGACACGCCUCCUCCUCACGUCCCCUCGUGGGUCGUGCCAGCCUCCGGCGCCCUUCUCAUCACAGGCGCCAUCUUCUGGGACAUGUGCUACGUGCUCAUGUCAAUGCGCUCCCACAGGACGAAAUCAUACGGCAUGCCCCUCUUCGCUCUCGCCCUCAACCUCUCCUGGGAGCUCAUCUACGCAGCCCGCGUAGCCGAACACUCUCUCGAACGUCUCGGCUUCCUCGUCUGGCUACUCCUUGACGUACCGCUCGUCUACACGACCCUCAAGAACGCGAAACACGAGUGGCACCACGCGCCGCUUGUCGCGGAGAACAUUGGCGCUAUCCUUGGGAUCAUGGUAGCCCUUGGAUGCGCAGCGAACUACGCCGUUGCGGACUGGUGGCUGUCGGCGCCCGGUACUGGGUACGGAGACAAGAGUGGCAAGUGGUGGGCCAGACGGGAAGGUUUCGAUUGCACGGAGCUCGCGUUCUGGACAGCUGGUAUAGCGCAGUUCGCCCUUGGAACGGGGUGUCUUGCCAUGUUGCUUGUCAGGGGUCACUCUGGGGGCGCGAGUUAUACGAUCUGGUUCUGUAGAGCACUUGGCACCCUCACCGGUUGGAUUAGCUCAACCGGUCUGCUCUGGUGGUACUGGCCAGAGGCCCAUGGCUUCUUCGUCAAUCCCAUGGGCAUCUUCCUCAUGACGACGUGUUUGGCUUGCGACACCGCGUACCCAUUCAUUCUCGCAGGAGUGCGGAGAAGUGAGCAAGUCCUCUCGGACGGCAGGCUCGCAACUCAAGACCCAGGGUCCUGGGAACUGGCUCAACCACCAUUGGAGGAAACGAAGAUAUGACGGCUUGGCCGUGAAGAGAAAAUGUACGGAGGCUCCAACGGAUUACGGAGACUGUGGGGUCUAAGCAGGGAUCUUUGCGUUUUAAUGGCUGUAAAAUGAUAUGCCUGAUCGUUGGUUUUGGGGUGCUUGCUGUGUUGGUUGUUGGUUGGCGGCACUUACAUGAGAUGAGCGGGACAAUGACUGUAUCAAGACGAUGACCGCAGCGGAACGAGGUGACAUCGGGGAGUCGGCCAAAGGUCCGAAUCUUUGUCAGAUUCAGAUGGGUGAUUUGUUAGAUUCCCUAAUUUCAUGUGCCUCUUG